CUUCAUAUCCGUUCUUCCAUUUAUCGAUCGAAGCUACUCCAGUAGCUAGCCACAAAGAAUAUAGUACUCAUUAGCAUAUAUUGGAUCUUUUAUAUAUUCAUUUAUGGAGCCUUCUCGUCGUCGAGCGGGCGGCGGCGGCGGCGCGCGGCUGUUCCCGUGCCUCUUCUGCAGCAAGACGUUCCUCAAGUCGCAGGCCCUCGGCGGCCACCAGAACGCGCACAAGAAGGAGCGCGUCGCCGGCGCCUGGAACAACCCCUACGUCUACGGCGGCCACGAACAGUACUCCGCCGCGGAGCCGGAGCCGGACGCCUGGAGGUGGAGGGGCGUCGUCCCGGGCUCCGGCUGCAAUCCUGCCGCCGCGAAGACGACCAUCGUCGCCGGGGCUUCCCACGGCGGCGCGGAGGAGCGCAGGCUGCUCUUGGCGACGACGCCCAGGUCCAGGCACGGCCUUGGCUGCUGGCGGAUGGGCUCUGAGGGCGCCUCGGAGAAGGACGUGGACGGCGGAGAUACCGUCGUCUUCGUCGGCGGCGAGAAGCUCGACCUCCAGCUGAGGCUCUAGCUAUAUAGCUAUAUAAUCUUGUAUGGCAAACGUAAAUUUAAUUACCUUUCUUGAUCAUUUCUUCUUAUCCAGUGUAUGUACGUAUUCUGUGUGUAUAUAUCA